CCCAUGCUCGCCGGGCGGGAGCGACUCUCCCCCGCCUUCGUGCCCGCCGCCGCUCCUCCCCCUCCUCCUCCGGCUCCGGCGGCUCCAGAGCCAGCGCUCCUCUGCCUGGGCCGCGCGCCUGCUCCGCUCUCCUCGCGAGCCGAGAAAUCCCAACGCGGGGACUGCGUGCGCCCGGGCUCCGCGCCCGCCUCCUCCCCGCCCUCCUCCAGCCGGCCGGGCACCGGGACCCGGGUACCGGAGCCACCCGCCCAGCCUAGUGUGCAGCCCCGACCGCUUUCUGAAAGCAAAAGGGAAGAACCGCCGCGUCCGCCCGCCCGCGCCUCCCAUCCGGCGCUUUGCCAGCAACAAACACAAACUUUCCCAAGCCCCUCCCCGCCCCAGUUGGCCUUGGAGAAACUCGUCUGGAAAUGCCAUCGCUCCAGCUCCAUUCCGGGAUACUCCGCGUUCCACCACCGCUGAGUCCUCCGCGCGCGUGUCUGCUGUCCCCCGCCCCGUCCCAAACUAAGCACCCCACCAACCAGCGUGGCACUUGCUAACAGUUAUUCAGAUGGAACUGAAAGAGAUGAAAGGACUUUACAGGCCCCGGAUUCCAGCCUCUUCUGGGUAAGAGGCCUUAAGUGUUGAGGUGGCUUGUCCAGGGAUACAUAGAAGUGGCAAGACCAGAACCCAGAUCUCACAGGCUGUGCUCACGGCCCUAUUGCGGUGGGCGUCCCUUCCCUCUAGCACCAUCUUCCCUUUCCAGGGUGCCUGUGGCACUAAUUAGAACACUUCCCACAGAUACAUCCAUUAAAAAGAUUCAAGUAUAUUAAUAGCUACAGUACUUCAUAGGAAUGUACUCUUGAAAAGAUUAUAUUUAUUGCUUUAAGUGGACACAACUGGUUGCUAAUAAAGAUGCUUUUCUCCCCACAAUAGGGUUUUAUGCUUUUGAUUUGAAAACAAAAGGUCCAGUAUUGGGAACAAAUUUUGUGUUCAUUGUUUAAAACUUCACAAGAGUGAUUCCAACGUACAGGCAGAAGCACUGGUCCCCUUUGUCCCCCAACACCAUAGCCUUUCAUUAAUAUAUGCAAAACAAAUCACAGAUGUUAAUGGGAAAACUGCCCAAACCAGGGAGAACACUGCUUUUACUCUGAUGCAUCAUUUACACCAAGUGUUGGUUAUUCCCACUAAUAAAUGUGUGAUUAACCAGGUAUGAAUGCUUUUGAAAGAGAUGUAAAACUCCAUCCCUGCCGGUGCAACAAUGUGAAUGUACCAAUGCCACUGAACUGUACACUCAAAAAUGGUUAAAACAGUGAAAUCUGUUAUAUGUAUUUUGACCCAAUUAAAUUUUUUAAAUAAAAUUCAC